AUGUUGGCAAAUAUUUAUCGCAAUAUCACACAUUUUAACAAUAUUAUGUGUCACUGCUAUGAAAAUAACAUAUUAUCACAACUAAAUAUGAUGAUCCUCCAAGUGCGAUGGAAAAAGAAGCGAAGGAAGAGGGAGAAGUUUCCAGUGACUCCUGAUAUUUUAGAGGCUAGAUCAAGAACGCCAGCAACACGAUUGGUUGACAGAAUUGGUGCACCUGAACCUUCUUAUGUAAUGGCCAAAACAAUUAGAAAUGAAAUAUCCCGUGUCUCUCGGGGUAUAAGAACUACUAGGCAUUUCGCCUUUAGGAAUAAAUUCAGGAAACUAGGUCUUGAACAUUUUUUAACAGAUGGAUCGAAUCUGCCUUCUACCUUUGUCACUCCAUUGACUAAAUUGCAACACCAAUCCAAUUUACCUAGAACUUUUGAUACAAAUAGAUUUACAUUUCCUCAUGCAUUACAUUACAAAAUUAUUUGGAGGGGUGAAGCUGUUGUAAAACAUACUCCAUUAUAUGCGGUUGCAGUGACAUUCAAUUUAUACGAUUUGCCCCUAAAUAGCAGACAAAUAGAUCAUGUAAAAGAGAUUCUAGGACCGCAGCGAUUUGACGAAUCAAGUGGAAUUGCAAUGCUUUAUGCUGAUAUAUUCCCCGAAUUAAACCACAAUGCAGCGUACCUAGGUGACAUUACUGAAUGUCUAAUUAAAGAAGCUAAAAAGUUUACUUGA